AUGGGUAAAGAACUUCAACGGUGUCUUGCCUCAAUUAUAGAAGAGCAAAGAAAGGUUUAUGAUGUAGUCAUGGAUGAUGUAUCUAAUGACCGUGGUGGAAUAUUCUUUCUACAUGGUCAUGGUGGAACGGGAAAGACGUUUCUCUGGAAAAUUCUUUCGGGUGUAGUCCGUUCCGAGGGAGAGAUUGUAAUUAAUGUUGCAUCGAGUGGUAUAGCAUCACUAUUUCUCCCCGGCGGAAGAACAACUCAUUCUCGAUUUGGACUACCCAUAAAUGUACACGAGACGUCCAUCUGCAGCAUUACACAACAAAGUCCACAUGCAGAGUUGCUGAUUAAGGCUAAGCUUAUUAUAUGGGACAAGGCUGCUAUGAUGCAUAUCGACUGUUUUGAAGCGCUUGAAAAGACAAUGAAGUCAAUAUUACAUGUAGAAAAAUUGUUUGGUGUUGGUAAGGUGGUUGUUCCUGGAGGAGAUUUGAGGCAAAUUUUAUCAGUUGUAUUCAAAGCAUCAAGGCAGGACAUAGUACAUGCUACGAUUCCCGCCGACAUGCUGAUUGGUGAUUCAGAAGAUGCAUUCAGAGACCUACUAAACUUCGUUUAUCCAGAUUUGUUGAGUAACAUAUAUGACCCAACUUAUUUUCAAGGGAGGGCAAUUCUUGCACCAACUAAUGAAUGCGUCGAGUCUGUGAACGAUCACCUAAUGUCUCUCCUUUUAGGUGAGGAGAAGUUGUACCUGAGCUCAGAUAGUAUGUGUAGGGACGACCAAACAACGGAGGAUAAUGUGGAAUCUAUUCGACUGAAUUCCUCAACACAAUAA